CGGGAAGGCCGGAGAAACUAGUUUGUUGGCGGCGCCGAUGCGGGUCAGCUACGGGAGAGCGGUCGGGACUGGAGAGCUGGCCCGGGGCGGCGGUGGCGGCGGAGGCAGCGGCGGGGACUGCGGGGACUGCGGGGACUGCGUAGUGCGUGGGGCCAUAAAGUUGGUGCACCAUGUCUGUCAGUGUUCACGAGACCCGCAAGUCUCGGAGCAGCACAGGCUCCAUGAAUAUCUCCCUCUUCCACAAGGCCUCGCAUCCUGACUGUGUGCUGGCCCACCUCAAUACUCUGCGUAAACACCGUAUGUUCACCGACGUCACACUCUGGGCUGGUGACCGAGCCUUUCCCUGCCAUCGUGCAGUGCUGGCUGCCUCCAGCCGAUACUUUGAGGCCAUGUUCAGCCACGGCCUGAGGGAAAGCAGGGAUGAUACGGUCAACUUCCAGGACAACCUGCACCCUGAGGUGCUGGAACUGCUGCUGGACUUCGCCUACUCCUCCCGAAUCGUCAUCAAUGAGGAGAACGCAGAGUCGCUGCUGGAGGCUGGUGACAUGCUACAGUUCCACGACGUCCGGGAUGCGGCUGCCGAGUUCCUUGAGAAGAACCUUUCCCCCUCCAACUGCCUGGGCAUGAUGCUGCUGUCCGAUGCCCACCAGUGCCGACGGCUCUAUGAGUUCUCCUGCCGCAUGUGCCUGGUGCACUUUGAGACGGUGCGGCAGAGUGAGGACUUCAACAGCUUGUCUAAGGACACGCUGCUGGACCUCGUCUCCAGUGACGAACUGGAGACUGAGGAUGAACGCGUGGUCUUUGAGGCCAUCCUGCAGUGGGUGAAGCAUGAGCCGGAGCAGAGGAAGGCUCACCUGCCACUGCUCCUACGCAGUGUGCGGCUGGCCCUGCUGCCCUCCGACUGCCUGAAGGAGGCAGUAUCCGGGGAGGCCCUCCUCAUGGGGGACGAGCGCACCAAGCUUAUCAUAGAUGAGGCCUUCCACUGCAAGACCAAGAUCUUGCAGAAUGACGGUGUGGUCACCAGUCCCUUUGCCCGGCCACGAAAGGCAGGUCACACUCUGCUCAUCCUAGGAGGCCAGACCUUCAUGUGUGACAAGAUCUACCAAGUGGACCACAAAGCCAAGGAGAUUAUCCCCAAGGCAGAUCUGCCAAGCCCCCGGAAGGAGUUCAGCGCCUCUGCGAUUGGUUGCAAGGUCUAUGUGACAGGAGGGAGGGGCUCUGAGAAUGGGGUCUCUAAGGAUGUCUGGGUGUAUGACACUGUCCACGAGGAAUGGUCCAAGGCAGCCCCCAUGCUGAUUGCCCGCUUUGGCCAUGGCUCAGCUGAGCUGGAGAACUGUCUCUACGUGGUGGGGGGACAUACAUCUCUAGCAGGUAUUUUCCCUGCCUCCCCUUCCGUCUCUCUGAAACAAGUAGAGAAAUAUGACCCCGUGGCUAAUAAGUGGACUAUGGUGGCCCCGAUGAGAGAUGGCGUCAGCAAUGCUGCAGUGGUGAGCGCCAAGCUGAAGCUCUUUGUGUUCGGAGGGACCAGCAUCCACCGGGACAUGGUGUCCAAAGUCCAGUGUUUUGACCCCUCGGAGAACCGGUGGACAAUCAAGGCGGAGUGUCCCCAGCCUUGGCGAUACACAGCUGCCGCCGUCCUGGGCAGCCAGAUCUUCAUCAUGGGAGGUGACACAGAGUACACAGCAGCCUCAGCCUACCGCUUCGACUGUGAGACCAACCAGUGGACUCGGAUUGGGGAUAUGACUGCCAAACGCAUGUCCUGUCAUGCCCUGGCUUCGGGCAACAAGCUGUAUGUGGUGGGAGGCUACUUCGGGACCCAGAGGUGUAAGACCCUGGACUGCUAUGACCCCACUUCAGACACAUGGAACUGCGUCACCACCGUGCCCUACUCUCUCAUCCCCACGGCCUUUGUCAGCACCUGGAAGCACCUGCCUGCAUGAGAGGCACCUUCGAGCCCAGCCAGACUGCAUGGUUCUUGCCGGGACCGGAAGCUGACAGCACCAGCUCCGGGCAGCAGCAGUUCAGGCUGUCCUGAGCUUUAGCAGGAGACUGAAGGUUUCCAGAGACACCUGUGCCUGAGCGUCCUAGGCUGCCAGCGGCUCGUGUGGAGAGAACCUUCCAGAGGCGUGGGCUGUCACCAGGAAUUCUGGACUGGGGGGAUGACAUUCGUGCAAAGCCUUGAGGUCACCUCUGCAGAGCUGGCAGGGGAACAGCAGGGGUCCCUCAGCACCAGCAACACAGCUUUUGACCUCAGGGCUGCCUGUGGGAGGUGGGAAUGUCGCUCCAUAGUAUCCUGGACAUCAGGGAGUAGUGUGCAGCGGAGGACAUUUUGUAAGGGACAGAAACCUGCAGGGCAACCUAGCCUCAGAAGGUACCACAGCACAACCCAGCCUUGGAUGGUAUCCACGGGCUUUAUCAGCAGAUGGCACCAGACCCCAGAGACCAAGGGGAAUUCUCCUGUGUGCCCACUGCCAAGCACUAGCCUGUCCCCUCUAAGGGGUGAGUUCCAGGGAACUAUCAUGGAUGGUGCUGACCCGUCAGACUCUGUUGAGUGUCCCCCAGCAGGGCUCUAGGCCUCAGGGAGCUGGUGGGGCUCGUUGCCUGCCCUUGGAGCCAUAGAAGAGCAGUAGGAUAUACUGGCCAGUAGCACUGGGCUCCUUUUCCCAAGAGCCACCUGCCCCUGAGAUAGGGCAGUCAUGAGCUCAGUGUGGCAGAGGGACCCCGUGGUCACUGCAGUUCCCACAGUUACUGGAGUUCUGUCAGUGUGAGGUCUAGUGACAAGACUCCCGUGACACCUGCUCUCCUCCUUGGCACCAGCUGGCAGCCUGUAUCCUGCCUGAUUGCUCCUUUAGCUCAGAAAGAAGGAUCCGAAGAAACUUCCCGAAUGUGUUUCUCAAGGGUUCCUUACCAGUGUCCCUGCAGUAGGUUUGCAGAGGUGCCUUCUGAUGCCACUGUUGACCUCUGUCUCUUCCCUUGUUGGCUAGCCCAAUGUAGGGGGGGCAGGCACUCUUGUGUCUGGCACAGGGUGGGCAGGGUGCCUAGCUGGUGGCUUCCAGGCCAUGACUGUAUCAGCAUGGAGCAUCCAGAGUGGGUACUCCAUUGACAGACGUGGAGUCACGGUACAGACCAGUGGGGUCAAUGCUCAGCAUCCUCCCAGCUCAGCCUGGUUCUGAUGCUGAGUGCCCACUAGGAGGCGGGGCUUUGGGCCUGGGCUCCCCAUGGCAUUCUCUGGGAAAGAGCCCAAAGCCUCCUUCUUGAUGUGACCUAGGCUCAGGCUGGCCCUCAUCCGAGGUCCAGCCUGCUUUUCACUCCACAUAGGGUCAGCGACGCUGGAGCCUUGCAGGUCUUGGCCCACGGACUCUGCCAUGGGGACUAAUCACUCCGCAUAGCAGAGGACUUGGCCAUGGUGCUUGUCUGAGCCUGGGUGUUGCUUUUAGUAGUUUUCUAACUUAAUAAAAGGGAGGAAGUUCCUGGCCUUCCUCGGGUUCUGA